CUCCACACCAUUCUUUCCUUCUUCCUUUUUAUAAAUUAACUCUCAAUAGUUACCAAUUUACACUACUUCUCAAAAUAUGGGAAGGUCUCCGUGCUGUGAAAAGGCUCACACUAACAAAGGAGCGUGGACCAAAGAAGAAGAUGAGAGGCUUUCUGCUUAUAUACGCCAACAUGGUGAAGGAUGCUGGCGGUCACUGCCCAAGGCUGCUGGGCUCCUGAGAUGCGGUAAGAGCUGCCGGCUCCGCUGGAUAAAUUAUCUCAGGCCGGACUUAAAGCGUGGGAAUUUCACAGAGGAAGAGGAUGAGCUCAUUAUCAAGCUCCACAGCUUAUUAGGCAACAAAUGGUCUUCGAUAGCGGGAGAGCUACCAGGAAGGACAGACAAUGAGAUCAAGAACUAUUGGAACACACGCAUCAAAAGAAAGCUACUAAGCCAAGGAAUAGAUCCGGCCAGCCACCGACCACUUCGAGCACCAGUCUCGGAUGUCACCAUCUCUUUCACUAAAAAUAGAGAAGAUAAGCAGAACCUGGACUUCAUUUCACAAGAAAAAGAGAGGAGCAGUAAUAGCAGCAGAAGUAGCAGCAAUAGCAACGAUUCAACGCCAACACAGUGCUUAGAUUUGAAUUUGGAGCUUUGCAUAAGUCCUCCUGCUGUAGAGCAGACUGAGGGGGUCUCUGUGAAGAGAGAAGUGUUUUGUUUUGAUUGCAGGUUGGGAUUGAGGGAAAGCAACGGAUGUAUUAAAUGUGAGGGGUUUUUCGGCCUUAGUAGUGCUGGUGUUUUGGACUUCAGAAGCUUUCAGAUGAAGUAAAGAAGGGGCUAGUUGUUUUUAGUUUUCUUUUUUUUUGAAGGGUUUUUUCUUUUAUGGAUUUUGAGGAAAAGAAAUGUAGUCUAUGAGCCUUAUCUAUUAAUUCCCUUCCUUUUCCUUUUCAU